AAUCACGCGUAAAGUAACCAGCAGUAGAACGUACUUACUUUUAUGUUUAUGUUUUUAAUAAAUAUAAUGUUUCUAAAGUAAUUAUUUACAAAAGAAAAAUUUCGUAAAAAGUUAUAUAUCUAUAAAAAAGUACCAGUUGUGAAAAUAAAUUUAAUUUGUUUUCGAUUAUUUGAAUCUGUAUGCACAUCUCUACAUACAUGCACAUGACAACGAUGCAAAACACAGUAACAAAGAAUCGAUUAUAUUUAUUCCUUGAAACUGAGAAGGAGAGUUUACAUGUGUCAUAUUGACUUGUUUCUUUGAUAUAAGUAGUUCAUAAAGAUUGCAAGCAUGGAUUAUGAUGAUUUCUUCUUCGAAGAAGAUAAGAUGGGUAUGACCAUAACUUCUGGCAAUAUUGUAAUACAAAAAGAUAGCAGUAAUCUUAUCGGCAUAAGUAUUGGAGGUGGAGCACCAUUAUGCCCCUGCUUGUAUAUUGUACAAAUUUUUGACUAUUCACCUGCAGCUAUAGAUGGUACUUUACAAUCAGGAGAUGAACUUGUAGCAGUAAAUGGAGUAUCAGUUAAAGGAAAGACAAAAGUAGAAGUUGCAAAAAUGAUACAAUCUUGUGAUUCUCAAGUCAGUAUUAAUUAUAAUAAAUUACAUGCCGAUCCUAAACAAGGUCGUACUCUUGAUAUAGCUUUGAAAAAGGUAAAACAUAGAUUAAUUGAAGGAAUGGGAAGUGCAACAGCAGAUGCACUUGGAUUAUCGCGUGCCAUUCUUUGUAACGAUGCACUUGUACAACGUUUAAUGGCAUUGCAGCACACAGAAAAUUUGUAUAGAGGUUUAGUUUCCCAUGCUAAUGCUACUUUACAUAGUUUUUUUGAUUUAAUACAAAUAUACAAAGUAUUUGGUGAUGCCUUUGCUGCGAUAGGAGUAAGAGAGCCACAACCACGAGCUAGUGAAGCUUUCAGACAAUUUGGUGAACAACAUAGACAAAUGGAAAAAUAUGGAAUAACAAUUUUAAAAAAUCUGAAACCUAUAUUAAAUGAUUUAGGCACAUACCUUCACAAAGCUAUUCCAGAUACUCGAUUAACCAUAAGCAAAUAUGCUGAUGCAAAAUUUGAAUAUCUUUCUUAUUGCUUGAAAAUAAAAGAAAUGGAUGAUGAGGAACAAAGUUACGCAACAAUACAAGAACCUUUUUAUCGAGUGGAAACAGGCAAUUAUGAAUAUCGUCUAAUCUUAAGAUGUCGACAAGAAGCUCGUGCAAAAUUUGGUAAACUUAGAUCGGAUGUACUUGUAAAACUCGAAUUAUUAGACAAUAAACAUGUUCAGGAUGUGGUAUGGCAAUUGCAAAAAUUUGCAGCUGGUUUAGCAAAAUACUAUUCUAAUACACGAGAUUUAUUAUCCUCUGCAAUGUUAUUUCCUGUUGAAGUUGAUUUAUCACAUUCUGCAUUCCAAUAUAAAUCUACCGGUCCUCAAGUAAUAACUGAUGGAGAGGAUGUAGAUGAAUUCGAACCUGAAGAAAAAGCAAAUAUAAAUGAAGAUUUACUUAUAGAUACACAAAACUUUCCACUAAUAACAUCAGAAUCUAACAAUAUGUAGCAAUGUGCUUCUUGUUUGCAAAGAAUUUUAGGAAUUAUUACGAUCUUUUAUUAAUAUCUAAAUAUGAAUGAUAUUGUAUAUA